CGCCCAAGACCAGUAAAUGGGAAGAGACACAGAAAAGAAGAAGCGUACGAUCAUCAGGAACAUGGCCAACUCAACGUCGCCUGCCUCGUACAUUUACUUCGUCGCCAUCUCACUGUUUCUGGGGAAUUUGGUCCUCGGAGCUCAAGCUAGAACCGUCCACUACUACGAUUUCGUGCUGAGAGAAAUCAACGUUACGAGGAAUUGCACGAUCACGACGAUCCUGGUGGUGAACGAUAGUUUUCCUGGGCCAACCAUUCGCGUUCAAAAAGGUGAUCUUGUGUACGUGAAGGUUCAUAAUCAAGGAUUAUAUGGGGUCACUCUUCAUUGGCAUGGGGUGAAGCAACCACGAAAUCCAUGGUCAGAUGGUCCAGAGUAUAUUACACAAUGUGCUAUUCCACCGGGAACAAAUUUCACUUAUGAAGUGAAUUUAACUGAAGAAGAAGGAACUAUUUGGUGGCAUGCCCAUAAUGAGUGGACAAGAUCUACAGUGCAUGGUGCUAUUGUUGUUUUGCCACGUGAAGGAUCAAGUUUCCCAUUCCCUACGGCAGAUGGAGAGCAUGUAAUUGUGCUUGGUUCUUGGUAUAAUGAAGGAACUUCUCUAAAUAAAGCCUUAGAGAUGGAAAUGUCCAUCGGCAGUCCCAACAUACCUCGUGCAACUGGUUACCUGAUCAAUGGACAAUAUGGAGAUUUUGUUCCAUGCUCCAAUGAAACGACGCCUCACUUUUUUGUUGAUUACGGUAAGACUUAUCUCCUCCGUAUAGUUAGCGCAGUAGUCGGUACAGAAAUGUUCUUCUCUAUCGCCGAUCACAACAUGACUGUAGUUGGAAUGGAUGGAGCAUACACAAAACCGAUCGUUGUUUCAUAUCUAAUGAUAGAACCUGGACAAACGAUGGACAUAUUAGUUACCACAAAUCAAUCUCCAGGAAGGUAUUACAUGGCAGCUCAACGGUUUGCAACCGAAUACCUGGCUUUCACUAAAUUUUCCCACGUUGUUGCUACUGCGAUUAUCCAGUACAAAGGGAAUUACAGUCUGACAUCACCACCAAGUUUUCCAAUUGAUACCCUCCCAUUUUAUCACGACUAUAGUGCCGCAGUGAGUUUCACACAUCAACUGAGAAGUUUAGCAACUGAAGAAUAUCCCGUGGACGUCCCUUACAACGUGACGACAAGGAUGUUUAUCACAGCUUCCCUGAAUAGCUUGCCAUGCCCAGACGAUUCGUGUUAUAUGGGUGAUUCCAAACUCGCCGCAAGUCUAAAUAACAUAAGUUGGAAGGACCCAUCUGUCGAUGUGCUGCAAGCUUAUUACAGAAACAUCAGCGGAGUAUACACCGCAGAUUUUCCCGAUUUUCCUCCAGAAAUGUUUAAUUUCACGGGAGAUGAUUUGCCGAGCAGUCUUGCGGAGGCUUCUGUAGGGACAGCCGUAAAAGUUCUGAAUUACAACGAAACGGUAGAGAUAGUUUUCCAAGGGACUAAUUUGUUGGAGGGAUCAGAAUAUCAUCCGAUGCAUAUGCAUGGAUACAGCUUUUACAUCGUUGGGCUCGGCUCAGGAAAUUUCAACAACGAGACCGAUCCUCUAGCAUACAAUUUGGUCGAUCCGCCCAAAGUCAAUACAUUUGGAGUUCCUAGAAGUGGAUGGGUUGCAAUCAGAUUCAGGGCAGAUAAUCCAGGUGUAUGGUUUUGGCAUUGUCAUAUAGACCGACAUAUGAGCUGGGGAAUGGAUUAUGUUUUCAUAGUGAAAAAUGGGGAUACGGAAGAGACAAGUAUGAGGCCACCUCCUCCCUAUAUGCCUCCUUGCGUUGCCUCGAAGAAGGACAAACUCUUUGGUGAACAAGAUCGGAAUUUAAAAAGUGACAUAUAAUUACAAGAUUAGGCGUAUUUAUAGGCAUCGGGUAGCAGGUGCAUGUUCGCAUUAUUAAUACGUAAUUUAUAUGUAUUUGGAGGCAUUUCUUAA